AUGUCCAUUAACAAAACUGCCAUUUUAGAAAUAUAUCACCCAACUACCAACGAUUUACAUUUAGAAGCACGAGUACGGGGUAAUCCGGUACCAACAUUCACAUGGAUUUGGGAUGGAAUUUUCAUACAUCAUAGUACGGAAAAAUACGAAAUAUUCAAUCAACAUUACUAUGAACUCGGAACAAAAAUAACAACGGCUACAUUGAUCAUAAACAACCCUCAAAUGAAAGAUAGUGGAAAAUAUACAUUAAUUGCUAAAAAUGACGUAAAAUCAGUAGAAAUUUCUAAACAAGUGAAAAUAGGCUUAAGAUCGGAAUAUCAUAAGAAGGCACGGAUGGAUGAUGUUAAGAUCGAGAAUGACGCACCCAGAGUGAUACCAAAACCACCAACACCUGAACCUGAGAUUAAUAAGGAAGAGGCACCUACAACGGAAGAAAAAAGUUCAGAAGAUCUUGAAGUUGCUGAUGCUCUAGAUGAAGAACAGGAAGAAGAUGAUGAAGAUGAUUGACUUAAUGUAUAAAACAAGUGUGGAAUUUGUGUAGUUUUGAAAUAGAAAAUAAAGCUUUUUAAUUUGUU